AUGAUCCACCAGAUGGCACCAUGGGUGCCCCAAUUCAUACAGUCGUGCAAAAACCAUACACAAGCGUUCACGCCGUUUUAUUUUGCCACACUGGACACGCAAACGAGUCGGCCUCGCUGUCGCACAGUCGUUUUCCGGGACUUUUUGUUCCACGACAAGAGAAAUAAUGUUCUGACGUUCACAACGGAUAUGCGUGGGGACAAAGUCAAGGAAAUUACAGAGACUGGGUCGAUUACAGCGCCCUUUGAAGCCUGCUUUUACUUCCCGUCUACGUGGGAACAGUAUCGAUUCAGUGGACACUGUUUCGUGGUGUCACGCAAUUCUGUGCCACCGCUCUCAGAGACAUACAACGACACCGCACCCGAUACAGUCGGGUACCCGAUCUUGUCACCGGGUGUCUACGGUGAUGCCCAGGAACCGCACCACCACGAGUCUAUCGUUUCAGACGAAGACAACGACAACGACCAAAACGCGAGUCGGCUUCGUUCUGCGCUCUCACGCACUUCUACGCGCAGUUCCGCAGGAUCCGAAACACACGCUAUGUUGACACCAGAGGACUAUCGCCCUCCCACUGUGCGCGAGUGGCAGCAGGAGUUGUCACGCCAAUGGAUCGAUGUGUCACGUUCUACGAAAGCCCAAUUUCGCAAGCCUGAUCCGGGUACACCAAUCACCUCAGAAACGACUCGUCAACUCGACAAGAUCCAGCGUGGCGUCGACGGUGCCAACGAAGACGCCGGGUUCGACAAUUUCGGUUUGGUUUGUCUGUGCGUCGACGAAGUCGACUAUCUAAACCUGAAAGACGGCCGCGGCGGAGAGCGCUGGAAAUUUCAUCGCCAUACGGAACCCGAUACCGGUCUGGAUACCUGGGAAGAAGAAGAAGUGUGUCCCUAG